AUGGUCACCAGAGACUUGACAAUGGGGAUUAUCUACUUAACACAGACUAUUACUGGAAUCCUGAGGAAUUUCUGUCUUCUUUCCCAUUAUCUCUAUCUCUACUGCACAGGAUGCAAGCUUAGGUUCACAGAUUUGAUCAUCAAACACCUGACUGCAGCCAACUGCUUAGUCAUUCUGUCUAAAGGAGUUCCCCAAACCAUAGAAGCGGGGAUGAAGCACCUCAGUGAUAUUGGGUGCAAGCUUGUGUUCUAUGUGCACAGAGUGGGCAGAGAUGUUUCCAUUUGUAGCACCUGGCUUCUGAGUAUCUCCCAGGCUGUCUCCAUCAGUUCCAGGAACACAGGGUGGGCCAAGCUCAAAGCAAAGUCUCACAAGUACAUUGGCUCCUCCAUUACACUCUUCUGGAUGGUGAACCUGAUACUAAACAUCAUACCUGUGCAUGUGACUGAGAACAGCAGGGACAAAAAUACUACAAAGAAAGCUGAUUAUGGCUACUGCUAUUUGGUCAAUAGUGACAGAUUCAUGGACUAUGGAACACUGUAUGUAGCACUGCUGUUAUUCCGAGAUGUUUUCUUAGUGGCACUCUUGCUCUGGGCCAGUAGCUCCAUGGUUUUCACCCUAUACAGGCACAAGCAGCAGGUCCAAUACAUCCAUGGGACCAAUGUCUCUUCCAGGUCCUCCCCAGAGUCCAGAGCCACCCUUACCAUCCUCAUCCUGGUGAGCACCUUUGUGUCUUUGUUCACUCUCUCCUCCAUCUUUCAUAUUUCUCUGACUGUUUUGAACAAUCCUAGUUUUUGGCUGGUGAACACCACUGUACUAAUCAUUGGAAGUGUCCCAACUGUGAGCCCCUACAUUCUCAUGAGCCAUGACUCAAGAGUUCACAGGGUCUGCUGUGCCUGCACCAGGAAUACACAAUCUCCUUCCCAGCAAGACGGUGCAAGUGUAUGA